UGGUAACAACGUAUAAAAGUGGUAACAACUUAUAAAUUCCUAAACCCUCUGCAUGGUAUUGCGAAAAUAAAAAUAAAUAAAUUAAUUAAUAACUGAAAGUGAAAUUGAAAAAAAAAAUUGUUUUGUUUUUUAUGAAGUGAUUUGAAUCGGUUCUCCCCAAAUGGUAGAUAAAAACUUUUCCACGGAAUUCUAAACUCCUUUCAAUUCUUUUAUGAAUUUGAAUUUUAUUUUCUUCUUUUUAAUGGUGUUGGUUGCUAAUAUAAGGCAACCACCAGAGAGAUAGCAACAAAACGGCUAACCCAAAACAACUCAAUUUUCCACAAAGUGUGCCGUUGCCUGAGUCAGCCAAUGUAAGGCGACAAGCACACAACUGGCAUCAACAACGGUUACACAGGCAGCAGCAGCAACAACGACAACAAUCGUCGUCGUCGGCGGCUUAUUACAGCUCUCGUCACAUCGAAGAUAAGACUCAACAGCAACGACUCGCUGCAGUGGUUGUAGAUCAAAGCCAGCCACAACAUCGCCAAUUACAACUUACCAACAACGACGACAACAACAACAACAGCAUCACUAGUUGUCAUAAUUGUAACUGCCAGCAACGACAUCAUUGCCUAGGUGGUGGCCGCUGCUGUAGUUGCCAGUUUUGGUGGAUGUUAACUCUAGGCACGCAUAAAAUCUACAAAAUUACCUCCUUAACUAUAGACAGUUACAAACAACUAUUUGCCGUGAUUACCAUGUUAUUAACAGUAUUAAGUGUACAGCAAUCAAAUGCGGCAUUUGCCAUGGCAGUUCCAGUUCGAGCCUCGGUGUCGACGUCGUCAUCGUCGUCGUCGUCCGCCCCACCAGCAUCAGCACCAUCACAAGCUGCCCAAGAUCUAUCGGUUUUAGCAUCUGUUCCGGUGCAACAACAUAAUUUACUACAACACCACACAAAGCACCUCCAUUCCUUGGCCCCUUUAACACGAAUGCAACAUGGCCAUUUGCAACAUCCUGAAGCUCAGUUAAAUUUGUUAUUGGACAAUACUAAUAACAAUAACCACAACAACAACAACAAUAUUAAUAAUAAUCAUCAUAAUAACGCUAAUCAUCAUCAUUACGAACACCAAUCGGAGACUGAUAUUGCAAGUGAAGAGAGAUUAAUACACAAACGUCAUACAAGUUGGCAUGAUUUGUAUGACCAAACCAUGAACUCGAAUGAUAUUGUCUGGUAUAAUCCCUGCGGUGGACAUUAUGUGAAUAUAAAUGACAGCAAAACAGCCAAAAAGAAGUCGCCAAUGAAAAAGACAUUACGAAAGCUUCAAAAUGCCACAGUCAUCGAAUAUAAUUCUCUGAAUGUCCGACAAUUGGCUGCCAUAGAUAUUCGAAAUAUGAGCAUGUGGAACAAAUACGAUGAGAAAUAUAAAUUUUUGCCACAAAUUGAGAUACCAUCCAAUAUAUCUCUCCGUCGCUGCCAUCGUCAAAUGCAAACCUAUGUUGCUGCCUUCGACUACUUGCAUCGGGCCCAACUUGAUUGGGACUACAACAAAGGUAUGCAGCAGAGUCAAACCUCACGUGAACUUCUGACAUUGCGUAACAAUGCCCGUUCGAUUCUCUGCAAUAUUGAGCAUGCUGUCAACAAUACAACAUCGAAAUCCAAAGCAGCCCGGACCAUUAAUUCGCUGCUAAUAUCACGGCGAAGAAUGGAAAAGCUACUGCAAUUCGACACUGACAUUAAAAAGGUUUCACCGCUGAGAUGGAACAAAAACGCAGACAUUAAUGACAACAAUUUGAAACAUAUUAGUCCAAUAGAUUUGAAAUUUGUUAAAUCUCGUUAUUUAACCUAUUUAAGAAAAUUCAUUAAGUUAUUACGCCGAACAACGAAUCGAAUGAGUGUGCCAAAGAAUCAAACGUCGAAAAUGUCACAAGGCUCCACUGCAAAUCAGAGUGGCCGAAAACAAGCCGGAAAUGGUAGAAAAAAUCAGAGAAGGCAGCAAAGGAAACAAUAAAGAGUAUAAGAUUAUGAAAAGUUUCGAAAUAAAAAAAAACAACCGAAACCCAACCACCCACCACCGCCCACAAGGCAGCUUAACUCGAAUGAGUCUAUCACCCGAUUUAGGCUUCAAAACGAAUAUAUUUUUUGAAAAGAAAAAACCUCUCUAUUUUACAAAACCUAAUAAUUCCAUGACAUCAAUUUUUUAUGAAAACUUUCGCCUUAGGUUAUUGAAUUCAUCAAUUUCAUUUUGAAUUACAAACAUAAUUAUCAAUUUCUGUUUAUAUUAUAUUCCAUUUGGAUUUUAAAUUAAUUAUUUAUUCAAUCACAAAGUCGAAUUCUUUGGUUAUUGAUUUUAUUCGCUAUUUUUUAGUUCGCCUUUUUAUCAACUGUAUGCAUGCCCAUAUUUAUUAUUAUCACCCUGUAUUAAUUAUUUAUUUAACAGCUACUGUGAUAUAGUUAGUAUUCAUUAUUAUUAUUAUUAUAAAUUGUAGCAUUUUUUUA